AUGGCGGCGACGGCAACGAUCCCAUCUUCAACUACGGCCUCGGCCACGACGACAGCCACCGCGGCUGCUCUCGGGGAGGUGGAGGAUGAAGGACUCCUGGCGUCGCUGUUCCGGGACCGCUUUCCGGAGGCCCAGUGGCGGGAGCGGCCUGACGUGGGACGCUAUCUCAGGGAGUUGAGUGGCUCAGGACUGGAGCGGCUACGGCGGGAGCCCGAGCGCCUGGCCGAGGAGCGAGCGCAGCUGCUGCAGCAGACGCGCGACUUGGCCUUCGCCAACUACAAGACCUUCAUCCGCGGCGCCGAGUGCACCGAGCGCAUCCACCGCCUCUUUGGGGAUGUGGAGGAGUCGCUCGGCCGCCUGCUCGACCGCUUGCCCAGCUUCCAACAGAGCUGCAGGAAUUUUGUGAAAGAGGCUGAGGAGAUCAGUUCCAAUCGCCGGAUGAACACCCUGACUCUAAACCGGCACACGGAAAUUCUGGAGAUCCUGGAGAUCCCUCAGCUCAUGGACACCUGUGUCCGGAACAGCUAUUAUGAAGAGGCCCUGGAGCUGGCAGCCUACGUACGCCGACUAGAAAGGAAAUACUCCUCCAUCCCUGUCAUCCAGGGCAUUGUGAAUGAAGUGCGCCAGUCCAUGCAGCUGAUGCUGAGCCAGCUGAUCCAACAACUGAGGACCAACAUCCAGCUCCCUGCCUGCCUCCGUGUCAUUGGCUUUCUACGGCAAAUGGAUGUCUUCACUGAGGCUGAGCUGAGGGUCAAGUUUCUUCAGGCCCGAGAUGCUUGGCUCCGUUCCAUCCUGACUGCCAUCCCCAAUGAUGAUCCCUAUUUCCACAUCACAAAAACCAUCGAGGCCUGCCGUGUCCAUCUGUUCGAUAUUAUCACCCAGUACCGUGCCAUCUUCUCAGACGAGGACCCUCUGCUGCCUCCUGCCAUGGGUGAGCACAUGGUGAAUGAGAGUGCCAUCUUCCACGGCUGGGUGCUGCAGAAAGUCUCACAGUUCCUGCAGGUGCUGGAGACCGACCUUAACCGAGGGAUUGGCAGCCGUCUGGACUCUCUGCUGGGCCAGUGCAUGUACUUUGGGCUGUCCUUCAGUCGAGUAGGGGCUGAUUUCCGGGGUCAGUUGGCACCUGUUUUCCAGCAGGUGGCUAUCAGCACUUUCCAGAAAGCAAUUCAGGAGGCUGUCGAGAAGUUCCAGGAUGAAAUGAACUCUUAUACGCUCAUCUCGACUCCAGCCGUCCUGGGCAGCAGUACCCUGCCGGCUGCUGCUCCAGUCACUCAGCCGGGGACCCUGCAGCCGCCCAUGGUGCUCUUAGAUUUCCCGCCCCUUGCCUGCUUCCUCAACAACAUUCUGGUCGCCUUCAAUGAUCUACGCCUCUGCUGCCCCGUGGCCCUGGCGCAGGAUGUGACUAGGGCCCUGGAGGACGCCCUUGACAAGGUAACUAAAGUAAUCCUGGCCUUCCAUCGUGCAGAAGAGGCUGCCUUCAGCAGUGGGGAGCAAGAGCUCUUUAUCCAGUUCUGCACUGUCUUCCUGGAAGACCUUGUUCCUUAUUUAAAUCGCUGUCUCCAAGUCCUUUUUCCUCCAGCUCAGAUCGCACAGACCUUAGGCAUCCCACCCACUCAGCUCUCCAAGUACGGAAACCUGGGGCACGUGAGCGUCAGCGUAGUCCAGGAGCCUCUGGCCUUUAUCCUGCCCAAGAGAGAGCCGGUCUUCUGUCCGGACAAGGAGCUAGUCCCCGCGCUCCCGGCUCCAGCGCCCGCACUGUCCCCCGAGGCGCCGAGCCCGGAGCGCGUCCGCCCAGCUGUCCCUGACGCGGGGCAAGAGGAGGUGGAGUCCGCGCGGCCCCCGCAGCCCGACGAGCCUAGUGCGGGUAUCUGA